CCAAGAGCCGUGCUUUUUUUUUUUUUUUUUUCAUCCACAAGACAGUUUGCAAGACUUUUCCUUCCCUUCAUUUCUACCAUAUAAACCUGUCAAGCCUCUAAUGGUCUAGAAAGCAUACCCGAAGGAAUGCUGGGUUGUCUACGCAUGAGUAUCUCUCAGUCCAUAGCCGAGUUUCAAAAACUUGGACACGCUUUGUAUAGCAAGAAAAGAAGUAGGACUGGCCUGCAUUCCAAAUACGACACCCUAUAUUCGAAGGUUUUGAUGCAAGAAGUCAUCCGCAAACACUGCAAGAGACACAAAGGGAACUGUGCAGGCAUGACAACAUCUGGUAGCGACUCCAAACGCAAUCCAGGUACUUGUAAAAGUUUGUCACCGCCUUUACUCGACUGUGAUUACGGCUAUACCGACCCACACAACACGAACUGGCAAAGGGGACUGAAUUCGACCCUGCAGACUUGUCUUCCAGCAAAGGGAGACGUUAGUAUUGAAGGGAAGAAACCAACCUCCAUAGUGAGCCUCGGCAUUGGAAGUACUGACCAGGACUUUAAAUUCGAGCUCUCUUGGCCUGGGCCCUUUAAUGAACGGUCAAAGCUUCUCAACAAGUUCAUAAAACAUUCUAGUGCUCGUCAUUUUCUGAUUGAUCCCAACGAAGCCGAGGAGGGCUCUAGGAGACUGAGCGAGCUCGCUGAUGGCACGCAUACUUGGUUCAAAAGAUUCAGUGUAGACAAGGGAAUGGAGAGAAUAAAAAUAGACGAAUGGGAGAAUGGUUCACUGACAGAUAUCGAAACUGGUGAACAGAAAGAGAUUCCUGGCGGGAAAACUCUUCAAAAAAUCCAGGACGCCGUGCAAACUUACUUGACUCGCGAGUAUGACCCGGCAAUAGACGACUAUGCGGCACCCAAGGUGAUGCUCAACCAACUCGCGGAAUACCUUGUCCGUAAACGUCGCGCACGUGAGCAGCUCUCCACGACAAGUGACGAGUUGAAAGAGCGAUAUGACCGUUUCAUGGGCAAAUACCUCACUGGAGAGUUCAUCGAUCAGCCCGACUGUGUUGUCUCUUGGCCGAAGACGACAAGCACCAAGGUCAUAUUUAGGCAACGCUGGGGAGGUGAGAGUAUGAAAAACUUCACUGAAGGCAGGGAAGACCUCGCUGAAAGUGAGGAGGAUAUUGCCGAGAGUGAUCAAGAAGACGCUGAGAAUCGUGGUAAACUUCGCCGAAUGAGGGCAAAAUGGCGAGAAUAUUUUGUGAAGGAGUAG